GGUCAACCGCCGGAUAAGGCAAAAGAAGCAUAAGGUUGUCGUUCAAUAGUCGUUUCAACUCAAACGUCGUUAUUUGUGGACCUUAGAACUGAAAUAUACAACACUUUUACGGGAGGCUCAAACAACUAAACAUAUGUUUGGCAGAUACAGAACGUCGAAAACAAGAUCUGUGUUAUUUUUUUUUCGAAAUGAGUGAGUUGUGCCAUCGUGGUUUAAUUAGCCUCUAAAGCUAACGCUAGCUAGUCUAAGAGUGGAAGCUAGCUGCAUUCCCUUCCACAUUCAAACUAAAUAGGACUUUUCUUUUAACUUUCGUGGAAUUACAACCUCACUGCUCUAAUCAGAAAGCAAUGGGCUCUUCAAAAAAGCACAAGGAAAAGAGCCGCGAGAAAGACGCGGAGGAGCGCCGCCGUGAACAUAAGAAACAUCGUCACAGAGACAGAGAUGCUUCAGAUCGGGAUAAAGACAGACGGAAACGCUCCAGAUCAAGAGAAAGAAGCAGACGAGAGAGUCACAGUAAAGCUGAAAGAAGCACCGGAGAACCUCGGGUAAAGAGGGAGAAGGUUGAUGCUGGAUAUGAGGAGAGCAACACGGAUCUACAGCCUCAGAGCGCCAGCGGAGAUGCCUCUCUCAGUAUCGAGGAGACGAACAAACUCCGCGCAAAGCUGGGCCUGAAGCCCCUGGAGCUGAAUGAUGGCAAGAAGGAGCUGGGGACCAAAGAAGAGCCCAUGGUGGCUGAGACCAUCAACCCUGUUCUGAUCCGACAGCAGAAGGAGAUGAGGGAAAAGCUCGCUGCUAUGAAAGAAAAACGCCUGCUUAACCAAAAGCUGGGUAAAGUCAAAGCGAUCGGUGACGAUGAUUGGCUGGAUGACACCGCAGCUUGGGUUGAAAAAAGUAGAAAGAUGGCCAAAGAGAAGGAGAUGGCAGAAAAGAGAGCCAAACUCCUCGAAGAAAUGGAUGAAGAGUUUGGAGUUAGCAGCUUGGUGGAAGAGGAGUUCAUUCAAAGCAAACGAGACUCUUAUUCCUCACAGGAUCUGAAAGGUCUCAAAGUGCAACACAAGGUGGACUCCUUUGCUGAGGGCCAAACUGUUAUCCUUACUCUACAAGACAAAGGCGUGCUGGAAGAGGAGGAAGAUGUGCUCGUAAACGUUGGAAUCGUGGACAAGGAGAAAGCUGAGAAGAAUGUGGAGUUAAAAAAGAAGAAGCCCGACUACAAGCCCUAUGAAGAAGAGGAGAGUGUGGACGAUAUGGUUUCCUUCAAGCCCCAAACGGUGCUCUCAAAGUAUGAUGAAGAAAUCGAAGGGGAGAAGAAAAAGAGCUUCCGGUUGGGUGCGUGGGGCUUUGCAGAUGGGGAGCGAGAACGUGAGCUCCAGGCAAUGAAAGAAUCACUGCGAAAUCAGGCCCAGUCCCUGGAGAUGCCCGCUCUCACCAUUGCCUCUGAAUACUACUCUCCUCAAGAGAUGGUUGGCUUCAAAAAGACGAAGCGCAGAGUCAAGAAAAUCCGUAAGAGGGAGAAGCUCACUAUUGCAGACGAACUUCCGGAUGACACCCGCACCACCGAUUUUGGCUCAAGGGUACGAGGAAGAGGCCACAAACAGGUGGAGGACAAGGAGGAGGAACCAAAGAAAGAAGGAAAAGCUAAAGAUGUCAACAAGCUGCCACAUGAAACUCCCCAAAUGUCAGAUGAUAUCAGGAUGGCAGAGAUGGAUAUAAGCGACGAGGAUGAUUAUGUUCCUCCAGAGCCGACUGUGAUUGAGGAGGAUGAGGCAGAGCAGGAGCUACAAAAACAGCUGGAGAAGCAGAGGAAGCUGAGGCAGAAACAGCUCCUCAAAGACUCUGGAGAGAAGGUGGCAGAGAAACUUAAAGUGCUUGCCAAAGCGAAUGAUGACAAUGACCCUGACAAGAAAAACAACAUUGUCUUCAAUGCCACCUCAGAGUUCUGCAGAACUCUGGGAGAUAUUCCAACUUAUGGACUCUCUGGCAACAGAGAGGACCAGGAGGAUAUUAUUGAUUUUGAGCAAGAAGAAGAGAAAGAUGACGGUGGGGGUUCAGACUCUGAAAUGGAUGAGAAUAUUGGGUGGAGCACAGUUAACCUGGAUGAAGAGCAACAACAGGCCGAUCUCUGCACAGCCUCUGCCACCAUUCUGGACGAGGAGCCCAUCGUCAACUCCGGCCUUGCAGCUGCACUGAAGCUGUGUACAAACAAAGGCCUGUUGGACACUCAGAUGCAGAAGGUAGCUCGUGUCAAAGCACCGAAAGCUGCCCUGCCAAAUGAUAAUUACUGCAUCGAAGACAAAAUGGGCUUUGAUGACAAGUACAGUCGCAGAGAGGAAUACAGAGGGUUCACGCAGGAUUUCAAGGAGAAAGAUGGCUAUAAGCCUGACGUCAAGAUCGAGUAUGUGGACGAGUCCGGGCGGAAACUCACUCCAAAAGAAGCUUUCAGGCAGCUUUCACACAGAUUCCACGGGAAAGGUUCCGGAAAGAUGAAAACAGAGAAGAGGAUGAAAAAGCUAGAGGAAGAGGCGCUGCUAAAGAAGAUGAGCAGCAGCGAUACUCCUCUCGGAACGGUGGCUUUGCUUCAAGAGAAACAGAAAUCUCAGAAAACACCAUACAUUGUGCUUAGUGGGAGUGGGAAGAGCAUGAAUGUAAACAACAUCACAAAAUAAGUUCCUGGGCUGUAAUGUACUAGAUAAACACAGAAAUCAAUGCAGACAUACAAGAUAUCAUUUUAGAUUUUUUUUUUUUCUUGAUUUUUUCCCCCGUGCUAAC